AUCAUCACAUUUCGCAUGUUUUCCUCCAUAAUGCAAAAGGGAGAAAGUUUUUUCUUCAUUCAACAGACGCGUCAUAUUUUAGACAUUCUACAUUAAUUCUAAACUCUCAAAUAGUGUUUCAAAAAAAAAAUUCCUUUUUCAAAGUGUUUAUUUAAAAAAAUAAAGUUAUCUUAAAAAUAGUGCAUCAUGAAAAGUGCAGUGAUUAAAAAAAAAUUGUUGAAUAAUCAACAAAAAUUACAUGUCUUUCUUUCAUUGAAUGAUAAAUUGAAAAUUAUUGAAGGUCUUAAAGCAGGUGAAACAGUGACAUCUUUAGCGAGACAAUAUAAUGUUUCACGUGCAGCGGUUAGUAAUUUAAAAACAAAAAAAGGAAAUAUGAAAGAUGUGAAUAAUUUGAAGAAAUUAAAUGAAAUGGCUCUUAAUAAAAGAAAAGUAAUAAAACGAGUUCACAAUGAAAUAUUAGAAAGGGCAAUAGUAAUGUGGUAUAAUGAAAUAAAAAAUGUCAUGGGCCUACCAAUUAGUGGUCCAAUGUUGUGUGAAAAAGCAUUGCAUUUAAAUGAAAAAUUAAAUGGUUCAGAAAAAUUUAAAGCAACAACUGGCUGGUUAACAGCAUUUAAAAGACGUUAUGGCGUUAGAAUAACACACGAGGAUAAAUUGUCAAUUGAUGGUGAUGUUGCAAGGGAAUUUUGUACAAAAUUUCAACAAUUUAUUAAUGAGGAAAAUUAUGAUUUAAGUUUAGUAUUUAAUGCUGAUGAAAGUGGAAUAAUGUGGAAAAGUUUGCCAAAAAUUGAGAAAGACGAAAAUCCAUUGGGUUGGAAGUGCGAUAAGGAGAAAGUUUCAGUUUUAUUUUGUGCAAAUGCAGAUGGUUCUUAUGCUUUGCCAUUGUUAAUAAUUGGAAAAUCAUGGAGUUCACGUUCAUCAUUGAGUACUGCUGAAAAUAUUCAACAAUUACCAGUGAUGUAUCAUAAUCAAUCAUCGGCAUGUAUGACAACGGAAAUAUUUCUCGAUUGGUAUAUGAAUAUUUUUAUUCCAUCAGUACAAGAAAUGCAGACAAAAACAGGAAAUUAUGGCCGUGUUUUAUUAUUAAUUGAUACAGCAAAAUGUCAUCCAUCAAAAGAAAUUCUUAAUUCGGUGAAUGAAAAUUUUCAAGUAAUUUUUAUACCACCAAGAAUAACAACAUUAAUACAACCAAUGAAUCAGGGUAUUAUUGAGAAGACAAAAAGAAUGUAUCGUAAAUUAUUUAUUGAAUCAAUGUUAAAUUAUACAGAUGAAAUGAAUUUAGAUGAAUUUAUGGAAUUUCAUACAAUGGAAGAUUGUUGUUUUAUGAUGUCAAAUGCAUUUGAAUCGGUGACAAUGUUACAUUUGAAAAAUGCAUGGAAUAAACUUUAUGGAUUAUCACAAUUGGAUGAGAAAAAUAUUGAUCAAGAUGAUGAAAUGUUGGAGGAUAAAGUAUUUUGUCAUAUGUUACAUAAAAUUAGAGGUUUUGAAAAUGUUUAUUCAGUGACUAUUAAAACGUGGUUAAAUACAGAUUUAUUUGAUCUUGGAUGGGAGCCAUUGAUUGAUGAGGAAAUUAUUGAAAUUGUCACUAAAAUAGAUGAAACAAUUGACAAUGAUGAUAAUGAAGAAAAUGCCGAUGAACCAAUAAGUGAUGGGGAUUUCGAAGAGUUGAAUGUGUCUAAAAAGGAAAAUGAGAUUCAAGAAUCAAUAGAAAUUCAAUUGGAGCAGCUUGAGAAAAAUGAUGAUAAUUUCCAAUCAAUUGGUAUCGAAGAAUCAGUACAAAAUAUAAAACAAGAUGUCGACAAUGACGACGAUGAUGAGGAUGAAAAUUUUCAAUUAACAGAAAUUGAAGAUUCAGAACAAAUUAUGAAAGAAGAUUACGAUAAUAGUGAUAACGAUAAUGAUAAUAAUGAUAAUAAUGAAAAUAAUGAAGAUGAUGGCGAUGAAGAAGAAGAAGAAGAUGAUGAUGAAAAUGUGCAAUCAAUGCAAUUGGAAGAAUCACAACAGCCGAAAAUAAAAGAGGAGAAUACUGAAUCGAAAAUUGAUUCACAAUCAACAAAUGUUGAAAUUGCCAUACAAUUUUUACACGAAUGGUGUAGACAAAGAAAGGAAUAUACAGAAUCUGAUUGUCAACUUUUGAGUAAAUGGGAAUCGCUUGCUAGAAAAGCAUCGGAGGAAAACAAUUAAUAAUUAAUAAUUAAUUAUUAAUUAAUAAUUAAACAAUUAAUAUUGUUUUACAAAAACUGUACAUUAAUUAAUCGAAUAAGAAAUCUCAAGACUGAUUUUAAUUAUAAAUCUUUAAUUUAAUUAAUUUAUAUUAAAAAAAAUAGUUAUAGAGAAUUAAAUGAAUUUUAAUUCAGUAUUAAGGUAUUUUAUCACACCUUGGCUGCCUUUAUUUUAUAAAUAAAUAUAUAAUUAUAUAAAAUAGAUAUUUAAACCCGUAAAUGUUUUGUGUUAUCUAAUUUACCAAUUAAUUUAAUUUUUGAGAAUAUUUUAUUAAAAUAAAAUUAUUGUAAUAGUAUGUAUUGUAUUUAGUGAAAUA